GGCGAGGCGUUUUAAGGGUUUUAAACCUCCCGGCGUCUCUUCAAAAGCUAUUUGAAAGGUGGGUCUACUUCUCAAUUUACGGGCCUGUGGAUGCAGCAAAGAGAGAUCCAUGGCAAUGGCUCAUUUCGGACUGGAGAACGACAUCAGCAACACGCUCAAGCUGGACGUGCCCAUCACCAACGCUCCGAUAGCCCGCUGGCAGCGGAAAGCCAGCUCGUCCAACGCAUCCGCCAGUGGCUUGUCCCCGGGCAAGCCUGCCAACAUCUCCCUCAACUGCUCCAAGACGCCUGGUAAGACGCCCAGUAAAACUCCAGGCCGAAGGAAAGUGACUCCAUCAAAGACGCUGCAGGGAGACCGUUUCAUUCCCGUUCGUAAUGAAAAACAAAUGGAAGUGGCGAGUUUCUUGCUGUCCAAAGAGAACCAGCCCAAGGAAGACAAUGUUUCAGCAGCUUCAUUGGAACAGCAGAAGGCGUGGUCCGUCACGUUAAACGGCUGCAACCUAGAAGAGGCCCGCAUCCUGCAGUUCAGUGGAAAACCAACAGUUAACCCAGAUGGCCAACACAACUCUAUGAAGUCCCUCUACAGUCACACAAUAACUCCCAUGUCCAACAAAAAGACACGAUACAUAUCUUCAACCCCCGAAAGAAUUUUGGAUGCGCCUGAAAUUCGAAAUGAUUUUUAUUUGAACCUGAUGGACUGGAACAGCCGCAACAUUGUAGCGGUGGCUCUUCAAAACAGCGUGUACCUGUGGGACGCCGUUCACGGAAACAUCAUCCACCUCAUGACAAUGGAAAACGAUGCAGACUACAUCAGCUCACUGUCCUGGACCAAAGAGGGCACUUACCUGGCGGUUGGCACCAGUGACUGUGUAGUCCAAUUGUGGGACGUGGAGCAAGAGAAAUGUCUUCGCAGUAUGACCAGCCACUCUGCACGAGUCUGCAGCCUAAGUUGGAAUAGCCACAUCCUGUCCAGUGGCAGCAGAUCAGGUCAGAUCCACCACCACGACGUGAGGGUGGCGGAGCACCACAUCUUCACCUUGCACGGCCACUCGCAAGAGGUUUGUGGGCUGAAGUGGUCGCCGGACGGCCGCUUCCUGGCCAGCGGAGGCAAUGACAACCUGGUGUGCAUUUGGCCCAACGUGGCUCAGGGGGGCCGCGGGGACGCCAGCCAGUCGGUGCACACCCUCAGUCUCCACAAAGGGGCAGUCAAGGCUUUGGCGUGGUGUCCUUGGCAAUCGGGCAUCCUGGCCUCGGGUGGCGGCACGACAGACUGUCACAUCCGUGUCUGGAACGUCAACAGCGGCUCCUGCCUCAGCUCGCAUGACACACAGUCACAGGUGUCUGCACUUGCGUUUGCACCGAACUACAAGGAGCUGAUCUCGGCACACGGCUUCGCGAACAAUAACUUGGUCAUCUGGAAGUACCCGACCAUGGCGAAAGUGGCAGAGCUCAACGGACACAAUGAGCGAGUCCUCAACAUUGCCAUGAGUCCGGACAACUCCAUGGUGGCCAGCCUGGCAGCGGAUGAGACCAUGCGGCUGUGGAAGAGCUUCGAGCUGGACCCCAAGAAAAAACCCAAAGAGAAGAUGCCCCGCUCUCUGGGCUCUGCCUUCACUCAGUCUAUAAGAUGACUUGAUUGGAGUCAUUUUGAUUCACAAUCAUUGUUUCUAGCCACUCUUUUACUUUUUCUAAUUGGGUGUUAAAAGUAUUUACUCACUUGUCCUUCAUGAAGGACUGCUCACAUUUUGAUUUUUUUUUUUUUUUUUUCUUCUUUUUCCCCCUCACCGUUCAUGAA